CAGGGAGAGAAAAAAACAGAGAAGCUAAAGUAAGAUCAUCUACGAAAAAAAUGAAUAGCAAUAAAUCUUCACAUGCUUAUGGAACAACAUAUUUUCUUCUGAUAUCAACCAUUUUCAUGCUUUUCAUCUCACAAGAAGCAAGUUCGUACCAAAUGCUCGUAUGUCUAGAUCUGAAUAUAUCAUGUGCGGAGUGCAAAAAACAGUGCGACGAGACAAGUUAUGGAGGAAUAUGUUUAAAUGAAGGUCUCAAAGAUGAAAUUUGUUGUUGCAAAAAAAGUCCUCCCCCUUCAUAUUAUGAUCCUCAGCCUCCUUCUUCAUGAUAUCUUAUCAUAUUCUCUAUAAUAUAUGUUCCUAUAAUUGGUAAUAACAUAUUAGAAAUAUCUAAAGUUAUAACUUC